AUGUCAUCGCCUGGUAUUCUCAGCUUAUUGCCGGAGGAUCAGUUCCAGUGUUCGAUCUGUCUGAACGUCUUCAGCGACCCAGUCACCACACCAUGUGGACACAACUUCUGCAAGGCCUGCAUCAGCGAGCACUGGGACAACAGCGACUUGUGCCAAUGUCCCAAAUGCAACAAAAGAUUUCACGCCAGGCCCGAGGUCUCCACAAACACAAUCAUGGAGGAGAUUUCAACACAAAUAAAGAAGAGAAGGCUUGAGGAACCGGAGGCCAUUGCUGCAGCUUGGGAGGUGACAUGUGACAUUUGCACAGGAAUAAAGUUUAAGGCCCAAAAGUCCUGCCUGGUGUGUCUGACCUCCUACUGUGCAGCCCACCUGGAGCCCCACCAGAGAGUUCCCUCCUUGAUGAGACAUAAACUGAUCGAGCCAGUGGACAACCUGGAGGAGAGGAUGUGUCAGAAACAUGAGAGAUCGCUGGAACUGUUCUGCAGAGACGAACAGAUGUGUGUGUGUCUCCUGUGCUGCGAGACCGACCACAGAGACCAUGACACAGUGCCUGUCGAAGAAGAGGCGGUUCGACAGAAGGAAAACAUCGAGUACAAACAAGGAGAGAUCCAAAUGCUGAUUGAAGAGAGAAGAGAAAAGAUACAGGAAAUCACCAAGUCAUCUGAGAUGAGAGCGGAGAAAGGAAAUAAAGACAUCGAAGACACCAACAAGCUCUUCGCUGCUCUGAUGAGUCGCGUUCAGGUGAUGCAAACAAAACUGCAGUCGUCUAUCCAGGGGAAGCUGAGAAGCUCUGCCAACAAAGCAGACAUGUUGGUUCAAGAGCUGCGGCAGGAAAUCACCGACCUGAGGAACAAAUAUUCUGAGCUGGAGGAGCUUUUACUGACCGAGGACCAUCUUCAUCUUCUACAAACACUCCAGGCCCUCUGCAGCCAACCAGCCACCAAGAAUUGGUCUAGGGUCAGAGUUUACUCAGAUGUGUGUGUAGGAACAGUGAGGAGGGGCCUGUCCCAUCUUGUGCAAGCUUUUCAAGCAGAACUGAAAACUUUGACAAACUUGGAAUUGAAGAGGGUACAAGAGUUCAAAGAGUCUGUCACCCUGGACCAGAACACAGCUGGAUGCUGGCUCAUCCUGUCUGAGAGUGACAAACGUGUCAAAUUCUCAAAAACUCCAGGUCUGGUGCCCGAUAACCCAGAGAGGUUUGACACUCAUCCCAUGGUUCUGGGGAAGAAGGGGUACAGCUCCGGGCGUCACUACUGGGAGGUCCAGGUGGGCGUGAGGACCGACUGGGAUGUCGGUGUUGCCAGGGAAACAGUCACCAGAAAGGGAAAGGUCAUUUUGAAAAAAGAAAGUGGGUUCUUUGCCCUGGGAAAAAGAGGUUAUGAUUACCUAAUUCACUGCACUCCCUACAAACCCCUUUACCUGAGUCCCAGGCCAAGAAAUGUAGGCAUUUACCUGGACUAUGAGAGAGGCCGGGUUUCCUUCUAUGACGUGGAUGAGAAGUCACACCUUUACUCUUUUGAAGGAGAAUCUUUCACUGGAAAACUGUUCCCUUACUUUUAUUUGCACAGCCGUUUCAGAAAAUCAGAGCCUCUGGUCAUCUCCUACAUCGGGAGAUUAUGAAGCUCUCUCCUGUCUGUCUUGCGCUCUUCCAAUGAUAUGAAAGAAUAACUGUACCCUUUCAAAACCCACUGCAUUAUUUAGUAGAUGCAGGAUCUGAAAAAUGUGAAAAGUCAGCAACAGAACAGACAUGAAAAGAUAGUUGAUUAGCAGUGCAAUCUGUAAUUUCCGAAACACACGUAUGUCCAACUCAUGUAAGUGCUGCAAAGCCUUGAUUGAACACAAGUCACUUCAGAUUGGAAACAUGAAGGAUGAAAUGCAGUUUUUCAUGAUUGCAUACUGAUUUAAUUUAGUUUGUAUAAUCCUACAAAGGU